AUGCGCCUGCGCCCACCAUGCUCGGCCCGCCCCGAGCCAUUCUCUCCUCUCCAUGGCUCUUCUCCAACUGCCUCUGCCUCACCCGGCUUCAUCCCGACCCGUCUCGGUCCAGUCCACGGCCACGGGCUACUGCCGGCAAACCUCGCCAUCACCAUCGCCAUGCCGUCCUCCGGCCUGUCGUCAGAAGCACAGCUGCAACACCCAGGCGCUAGUCGGCGAUCCUCUAUGCAAGCCAUGCCACCACCUUUUAUUCGACAGCCCUACGCUAUCCCACGUUGCAAGUCCCUCUUUUUCCCCAUUUGA